AUGGUUUCCUGGGCUAUCACCGGCGCGACGCGAGGCAUUGGCUCUGUCGAUCCGAAGAACCAAGUGUUUGCCCUCAUUCGAAGUCGAGGAACUGCCGGUCCGCUUGAGAAGCUUGCUGCAAAGCGCAAAAACAUCCAUAUUGUAGUGACCGAUAUCUCCGACCCGAGGAAGUUGGAUCAGGCUACCGCUGAAGUCUCUAAAGUCACAGCCGGUUCGCUUGAUGUCUUGAUUCUCAACGCUGGCUCCGCAGGGCCAGAUACCAACGCGCUACCGCCAAUAAAAAUUGACUGCUCCCAGAUCAAAAACAACCUGAUCAGCAACAUCUACGUCAUCCACUCCUUCCUCGAUCUCGUUCGUAACGGCAAAGAGAAGAAGAUCAUAUUCAUUUCCAGUCAGAGUGGAGACGUUGAGGUCACUCGUAUCUCUGGCCUACCUACCAUGCUGGGAUAUUCUAUCAGCAAGGCUGGCAUGAACAUGGUCACCACCAAGUUCGGCAUUGAAUUAGCCCAAGAUGGCAUCAAGACACUGUCUAUGAGUCCAGGAUGGGUAAACACAGAUGCUGCUCAAGCAGUCACAGGCGACCCGGAGAUACGCAAAUUCAUGCUAAGUGCCUUUCACAAGAUCGACCCAAGCGUUAAUGGACCGAUUCCGGUAGAUGAAUCAGUCACCGCUAUGCUUCAGGUGAUUCAGAACUUGACGGAAGCGAACAGUGGGAAAUUUCUGACGCAUCACGGAAAUGAUGAUGAGUGGUUCUAG